UGGUAUUUUUUUAAUUGACAGUUCGAACGAAAUUGGGUCAAAUCUGUGCAAUUAUAAUUCGUCGUACAACUUCGAGCGAUUGAUUUUUCACGUACACUUCGCACAUAAAAGGAAAGAAGGCAAUAUUCGUUGGCAACUUCGGUCCCAUUUGCAACCACCGACGGAGGAACAACACUGAGAUUACAAGGCUCAAUUAUCCCUUCCUUCUCGCAGAUUUCUCCUACGAAGGAGAAUCAGGAGCGGUAAAUUAUACUUUGGCAGUCUAACUGAUUGCUUGACGUAUGAAACGUACAAGGAUAUGUGAACCCGUCGGAGAUUCCAAAAUUCAAAAAAUUCACGCAAUGGCCGAUGCGGUGAUCGAUUUGACAAAGGAUCCAACCGUCAACGGGUCAAGCGAAAAAGACACCGGUGCUGAAACCGAGGACAGCGACGGUCCAGAAUGUGCAGUUUGUCUGCAGCCCUGCGUUCACCCUGCUCAACUUCCUUGCAGUCAUGUAUUUUGCUUCCUCUGUGUAAAAGGGGUCGCGAACCAGAGUAAACGGUGCCCGAUGUGCCGGCAUGAGAUUCCACCCGACUUUCUUGAAAAACCUCGGCUUGUGGAACUUGACGAAUUGGUCAAAACCCUCGAGGUUACGGAGGAGGAACAGUAUCGCUGGUUUUACGAAGGACGCAACGGUUGGUGGCAAUAUGAUCAACGAACAAGUUCAGAGCUUGAGACAGCAUACAAACAGGGACUGAGAUCCUGUGAGCUACUUAUAGCUGGUUUUCUGUACAUCGCAGAUUUUGGAUGCAUGCUUCAAUUGCGCCGUAAUGAUCCUUCUAGGAGGAGAAAAAUCAAGCGCGACCUAUGUACUAUACCUAAGAAGGGAGUGGCUGGAUUGAGACUUAAUGGACGAGCAGAAGAGCCCAUUGUAAGGGAAAUAAGAGGUGCAGAAAGGCCGGCAAGUCCUGUGAACAAUGCCGCCGAUACUACCUGAUAAUGUACAUGAAAUCCAUGUACAAUUUAAAUAUAAGUACGUAGAAUAUAAAAGAUUGAUAUACAUUAUACAUAUAUUAUAAAACAAUUUCGCAUGAAUGUUAACCAUAUUUUAAAAACAUUGAAUUUUCCUUAUUACCAAGUGGUAGUCAGCAAUUUGUCAUAAAACGGAAACCUAUUUCGCCGAAAAAAGUGUCUCUCAAAUUAUCUACUUGAUACAUUUUAUCGUGUUCUCAUAUGUGUGGGGCCAGCAAUUGAAAUGUAUAAAUCUUUACUUUGUACAGUACAACGUUAACUUCAAAAUAAAAUAAGCUAUUCUUUGAGGAACAGGUAGAGAAGGUUCCGAGUUAAGUAAACAUGUUGCUUAUUUACACAGACAAAAAAGAUCACAGUUUCAAAUCUGGUAAGAACAGUCUAUUUAUUAAUCAGGAUAUUGAAUACAGAAAACCUGUGUGGGUUCAUUCUUUUUAAUGCAUAUAGAAACCUGUUUACAAUUUAGUAUGAUAUAUAUGCGAUACAUUAGCUUCGCAUUUAUAAUCAAUAAAUUUUUUCCCCUUCUUUUAAUUUGUUUAAUCUUGAAAAUUUCCUUUUAAUUUAUAUGUCUUGACAUAAAAACUGGUUCAAUGAUCUUGCUUGGAUCAAUUUCAGUGUAAGAUUCAUGUUUGUUUGAAAUAAGUUAAUAUGUUAUUUGUCGUGUAGAUAUUUCUGCCCAACCAGACAACAAGUCUUUCAAAAUAAAUCGAAUUUGUUUGGAGACUUGCCUCUUGGUAAAACUAUAUGAUCAACAUCUAUUAAUGACUGAUCAUUUGCAAAUUCAUACCCAAUACUAGUAUGUAAUCAGGAAAUAUUCACAUUUAUAUGAAGAAUCGAUAUAAGAGAGACUGAAUAUUCAAAUUUGUGAAAGAGUAAUAAAUAGUUUUUAUUUUCAAUAAUCGUUCAUGAUUCAACCAUUAUUAGAAGCGCUGAUGAUAUAUGUUCAUAAUUAUACGGCUCUUGGAUUUGAUUACCCUAAUCACAGUUGGGGUCACAAGAGUAAAAAAAAAAAUGCAGAAAAGAAAUUGAUUAAUUCCAAUCUAGAACAACCCAAUGCAGCGUUAUCAAAUCAAUGAUAUGGUGUCCUUUAAAAGAAUUCGCAACCAAAGACGGCGUUAUUUUAAGUGCUUGUUAAGAUUUUAUUUAGAAAGACUAAUUAACAGGUCCCUUUCGUCUGUGU